GGUGAGACGCGGAGGAGCGGCGGCUACCCGAGCUGCGCCCAGCAACGCGCUCCUUCCCGCUCCUCCACAUCGGCCUCGGCCCUCUCACCGGCUGUAGAAAAUGGUGAAAGAAACCACUUAUUAUGAUGUUUUGGGGGUCAAACCCAAUGCCACCCAAGAAGAACUGAAAAAGGCCUACAGGAAACUGGCUUUGAAGUACCACCCUGAUAAGAAUCCAAAUGAAGGAGAGAAGUUUAAACAGAUUUCUCAAGCUUAUGAAGUACUCUCUGAUGCAAAGAAAAGGGAAUUAUAUGACAAAGGAGGUGAACAGGCAAUUAAAGAAGGUGGAGCUGGUGGUGGUUUUGGCUCCCCCAUGGACAUCUUUGAUAUGUUUUUUGGAGGAGGAGGAAGAAUGCAGAGAGAAAGGAGAGGUAAAAAUGUUGUGCAUCAGCUCUCAGUAACCUUAGAAGAUUUAUAUAACGGUGCAACAAGAAAACUAGCUCUGCAAAAGAAUGUGAUUUGCGAUAAAUGUGAAGGCCGAGGUGGUAAGAAAGGAGUUGAGUGUUGUCCCAAUUGCCGAGGUACUGGAAUGCAAAUAAGAAUUCAUCAGAUAGGACCUGGAAUGGUUCAGCAAAUUCAGUCUGUGUGCAUGGAGUGCCAGGGCCAUGGGGAACGGAUCAGUCCUAAAGAUAGAUGUAAAAGCUGCAAUGGAAGGAAGAUAGUUCGAGAGAAGAAGAUUCUAGAAGUUCAUAUUGACAAAGGCAUGAAAGAUGGCCAGAAGAUAACAUUCCAUGGUGAGGGAGACCAAGAACCAGGACUGGAACCAGGAGAUAUUAUCAUUGUUUUAGAUCAGAAGGAUCAUGCUGUUUUUACUCGGCGAGGAGAAGACCUUUUCAUGUGUAUGGACAUACAGCUGGUUGAAGCACUGUGCGGUUUUCAAAAGCCAAUAUCUACUCUUGACAACCGAACCAUUGUCAUCACCUCUCAUCCAGGUCAAAUUGUCAAGCAUGGAGAUAUCAAGUGUGUGCUAAAUGAAGGCAUGCCAAUUUAUCGUAGGCCAUAUGAAAAGGGUCGCCUCAUCAUCGAAUUUAAGGUAAAUUUUCCUGAGAAUGGCUUUCUGUCUCCUGAUAAACUCUCUUUGCUGGAAAAACUCCUCCCUGAGAGGAAGGAAGUUGAAGAGACUGAUGAAAUGGACCAGGUAGAACUGGUGGACUUUGAUCCAAAUCAGGAAAGACGGCGCCACUACAAUGGGGAAGCAUAUGAGGAUGAUGAACAUCAUCCCAGGGGUGGUGUUCAGUGUCAGACCUCUUAAUGGGGCCAGUGAAUAACACUGCUGGCAUCUUAUGUGCAGUAGUGAAUGAGUGAAGGACUAUAAUCAUAGCUCACUACUUGCUAUUGUUUUUGUUUUAAUAUUCAACUAUAGUAGUGUUUUAAAAGUUAAAUGAAGAAUAAACUCAAAUAUAAAAGCUCUGA